AUGCCCCCUAUACGUGGGAAAACAGGCCCUGAGCUUGAUUGCCUUACUAGGGCUAAGAUCUGCGAGCUACAUGCUACAAAUGGCUGGGGCGCAACUACUAUUAAAAAGAUGCGCUUUCCCGAUAUUCCACGCUCAACUAUUCAGUAUACUCUUACCCAAGAGAAAAAUCGUCAAAAACAAGAGAGCCUACCACGCUCAGGCGCCCCAAAGAAGCUCACCGAAGAUGAUCGUGACCAUAUAUACGAGACUAUACAAGAAAACCCAUCAAUAUUAAUCAAAGACCUACUUGCAGAGGUUGAUUUUAAGGUCCAUCGUAUGUCAAUUUGGCGUUUAACCCAUGAAAUGGGCCUUCGAAAUUGGAGGAAGAUGCAAAGGCCUUCCUUAACACCUUUACAUGCGGAAAAACGCCUACGAUGGGCCCGACAAUACCAACAUUUUACACCUUCAGAUUGGGCCCGUGUCUAUUGGUCAGAUGAAUGUACAAUUGAGCGUGGAAUUGGCCAGCGUCAAGAAUGGAGCUUUAUACGCCCAAAAGACCAGCUUUUUCAGCAUCCACAAGAAGGGUCUCAGAUCCAAAUGAUUCCAGCACGAGGAAAGCAAAUUAAACAGAUGUUUUGGGCUGCUUUUUCUGGUCAACCACGUCGAUCUGGUCUUAUUCCACUUUUUGGAGAUCCUACAUCUCAACGGGGUGGUGUCUCUUCUCAUCUAUUGGUUAAAGCUGCGCAGGAAGCAUGGGAAGCGUUAGAUAUUGAGAUCUUUAAGCACCUAUCAGACACUAUGCCCCAUAGAGUGGCAGAUGUUAUCAAGUAUGAGGGCUGGCAUACUAGCUAUUGA